CGAUGGGUCGCGUGCCACGGGUGCCACGGCCACAGUUGACCCGAGGUCGGAGUGGAGGAGGCCCGAGCAGAGCGCCGCGUCCUUGUCGUCCUUCUCGCCGUUUCUCCCUCCGUCUGGGCAUUGCACACUCGAAUCGCGUCUGCGCUCCCUUCCUUCCGCAUCAACCACUACCUCCAUCGUCACUGAAUCCAACGCCAACAUUCCGCCCUUCAAGAGAAAAGCAUCCUUCUCUUCUUCAUCUGGCAAAGCCAACAAUACCCGCACCAAGCCCAACAGCAGCAAGGCAUCACGAGCAUCUGCGAAGAUGGGAAAGGACUACUACAAGAUCCUUGGCGUCAGCAAAGACUGCACAGACGAUGACCUCAAGAAGGCCUACAAGAAGGCAGCGCUCAAGCACCAUCCCGACAGGAAUAAGGACAAGGGCGAGGAAGCGCACAAGAAGUUUCAAGAAGUAGGCGAGGCAUUUGAAGUUCUCAGCGACAAGAACAAGCGAGCCGUCUAUGACAAUUAUGGUGAGGAGGGGCUCAAGGGAGGGGCGGGCGGACCGCCACGUGGAGCUGGAGGGAUGGGAGGUAUGGGCGGGAUGCCAGGGAUGGGUGGAUUCCCUGGUGGCGGGGGAGCGUCAUUCAGCUUCAGCCCGUCAGACCCCAACGAUAUCUUUGCAAGCAUCUUUGGCGCCAUGGGCGGAAGCUCCGGCAUGGGAGGAAUGCCCGGCAUGGGAGGAAUGGGAGGAAUGGGUGGCAUGCCUGGCGGAUUUGGUGGUAUGGGCGGUAGUAGUCCCUUCGGCGGAGGAGGCAUGGACUUCGAUAUGGGUGGUGGACCCAGCUCUAGCUCGUCAGCCGCUCCAGAGAAGAAAGACUUCGAGCGUCCCCUCCCUGUCUCACUAGAAGACCUGUACAAGGGGGCAAAGAAGAAGCUCAAGAUCGGCCGACGCACACUCAGCGGUAGGCAGGAGGAGAACAUCCUUGAAGUCGACGUCAAGCCUGGAUGGAAGGCAGGGACCAAGGUACGCUACGCGGGCAAGGGCAACGAACUGCCCUCUGGGGCGUCGCAGGAUGUUGUCUUCAUCAUCGAGGAGAAGUCGCAUGACCGCUACACAAGGGACGGAGACAAUCUGAAGGUCAAAAUGCCGCUACCGCUGGCCGAUGCGCUCGACCCACCCGCUGCGGGAACCAAACGCCAACUUUCUACACUGGAUGGGAGGAGCAUCGCCCUCCCCUUGCCGACACCGAUGCCGGGUCGCACCACGAUUGACAAUGGGCGCACGACCCGCGUCGCAGGGGAGGGUAUGCCCAUCUCGAAGACGCCGGGCAGGAAGGGAGAUCUCAUUGUUGAGUGGACGGUUGAAGUUCCACAGAGGUUGACCGAGCAGCAGAGGAAGGCAGUCAGGGCCGCGCUCGCCGGUUGA